CCCGGCCGGGCCGCGCUGAGCCGUGCCGCGCUGCCGUUGCAGGUGAAGAUCUGGUUCCAGAACAAGCGCUCCAAAUUCAAGAAGCUGAUGAAGCAGGGAGGGGCGGCCCUGGAGAGCAGCGCCCUGAGCAACGGCCGGGCCCUGUCCGGCGGCUCUCCCCCGGUGCCCGCCGUGUGGAACACCUCCUCCGCCUCCGGCAAGGCGUCCUCGGGCAGCGCGGGCACGUACAUCCCCAGCUACACGUCGUGGUACCCCUCGGCCCACCAAGAAGCUAUGCAGCAGCCGCAGCUCAUGUGA